UUACAGCAACUUGUGCCCUGACCACAUCAUGUGUCAACCACUCACUUACUUCUUGUUUUCAUACUGCCAGUGAGUUGUCUUACAAAACCUCUCCACUUUGCUCUGGUGGGUGAUGCAACAAUGGCAUUGAGAAAACCAGGAAGUGUGUUUGUGGUCUUUCUCUUGUCAAUGGCAGGUGUUCUGGGUCAGAACUGUUUCAACGUGACUUACAUCCAUCAGAGUAUCUGUGCCUUGAAGGGGUCAACAGUGGAACUGCCCUGCACAUAUCAACAUCCAAGUUAUCAUGUAGUCUCAGAACCAAACUGGUAUAUCCAGGAGAAAUAUAAGGAGGCACCUAAAAUCCUGAGCUCGGUGCCAGAGUAUGCAGGUCGUGCUGAGUACCUUGGAACUAAAGAGAAAGACUGCACCCUGAGAAUCACAGACCUGAGAGAGAGAGAUUCAGCUGAGUACAAGUUCAGAUUUAAAACACAGUAUGCAGAAUGGGGGUACAGCUUCCCUGGAACAACUCUGACUGUCACAGAGCUGCAGGUGAAGGUGUCUUCCUCCACAGAGGAAAAGAAGGGAAAACUGACCUGUAGCACCACCUGUCUUCUGACUGACAACCCCACCUACAUCUGGUACAAGAACGGACAACAUCUCCAUGACCCUACUUCCCAACAAUACUCCAGUAAUACUCUAGUGGUCUGGGGUUACUCUGCAGACAGUUACUCCUGUGCUGUAAAAGACCAUGAGGAUUUUCUCGCUCCUACAGUGUGUGUUCAUGGUCAGAGCUGUUUGAAUGUGACUUACACCAAGAGGAGUAUCUGUGCCUUGAAGGGGUCAACAGUGGACAUUACCUGCACGUAUAGACAUCCCAGCUGGCAUAACGUCACAGAAGUGUCCUGGUUCAACAAAUGGGAGUCUGGAGUUACUACAGAUCUAAGCCAGGACCCAGAGUAUGCAGGUCGUGUGAAGUACCAACCAACUACAGACAAGGACUCCACCCUGAGAAUCACAGACCUGAGAGAGAGUGACUCUGCUGAAUAUAAGUUUAGAUUUACAACAACUGCGGUAAAAUGGGGAAACAGCUUCCCUGGAAUAACUCUGAUUGUCACAGACCUGCAGGUGAAGGAGACUCCUGGCACAGAGGAAGGGAAGGUGACACUGACCUGUAGCUCCACCUGUACUCUAACUGACAACCCCACCUACAUCUGGUACAAGAACGGACAACUUCUCACCAACCCAAACACCCAAGAUAACUACCUCUACUUAGACCAAAUCAGCAGUGUGGACGCAGGCAGUUACUCCUGUGGUGUUAAAGGCUACGAGAAUCUCCGUUCUCCUGUUACAUUCUUUGGGGAGCCAAAGUCUUUGAAGAAUGCAGUUGUAGGAGUCAUAGUGGUUAUUCUAAUUCUCAUACUCUGUCUCUUUGGGUUCAUGUGGUUCAGGAAGAAGGCCUCCAAAUCCACUUCUGACACAAGAGACAGAAGAGACACAGUAGAGAACGGACAGAGAGACUCUAAUCCAGUGUAUGACAACAUCUCAGGCCUGGCCAUGGCCCCUACUGCGGCACAGAGAGCAGACACAGACGAGCAGGAUGACAUUACCUACGCAAGCAUCCAACACAGAAACCAGGAAGUGCGUCUGGACUCCACCGUCCCACCGUCUCACCCCCAGAAACAGGACGAGGAUUUCCAGUACACUACUUUGAAAUUCAACAGCCCCAGUGCUGCUCAAUAGACAUUGGGAGGGAUUCAAUCCAAUCAUAGGUUAUAGACAUUGGGAGGGAUUCAAUCCAAUCAUAGGUUAUAGACAUUGGGAGGGAUUCAAUCCAAUCAUAGGUUAUAGACAUUGGGAGGGAUUCAAUCCAAUCAUAGGUUAUAGACAUUUGGAGGGAUUCAAUCCAAUCAUAGGUUAUAGACAUUGGGAGGGAUUCAAUCCAAUCAUAGGUUAUAGACAUUGGGAGGGAUUCAAUCCAAUCAUAGGUUAUAGACAUUGGGAGGGAUUCAAUCCAAUCAUAGGUUAUAGACAUUGUGGCUUUUAAUGUAAUUCUUUUUUUUUAAAUGCUUUUGGAAAUUGCUAUAUAAUUCCUCAAUUCGAAUGUCUUUGAUUUCGGCUUGAACUAUCUAUUUAAAUUAAAGUACAGGCCAAACUGUUCAGUACAUAUUCUACUGGUCUAUUAUGGUCAGAGGGGAUAAAAACUGUUCAUUUUUUAUAGUAGCUUUGUUGUUGUCAUAUCUCAAACAGACAGUUUCAGCAUUAAAGAUUCCAGGUUUAAAUAACACAAUAUAA